UGGCGGCAUGCAUUGAAAUGUCGUGAAACCCGGCUGGCUGAAGUGAGGUCGUCUGUUAUCUUUCUGCCGUAACGAUUCUAUUUUACAAAUGGAAACAAGUACAGAAUGUACCAUAGUUAUUUCCAGGAUACUGUGACUGUUUUACCUCAGCAGAACGCAUGGCGUAGCAUAGAUCCUAUGUCAGAGAGCAGCAAACUGGCUAGCUGACAUUGCGAGGGAACGCUCAUGAUUGAGACAGCAAGCCACUAGCUAGCGCUUAAUAGACUGUCAUAGCGUUCAACACAGGCCAGGCGAGCUAGCUAGUCAAUUAACUAUCUGUUACAUGUGUAGCUAUAUUUACCUAGCUUUACAGUCUUGCCUGACACUUAGAUCUACACAAGUGUAUCUUGCUAAUAAGUUAGCCCCAUAACUGCAUUGCGUUGUCUUAAGCACGCUAUCAUUUUUGAUUCAUUGGUUUACUGGAGUAUCUGUCAGUAGCUUUACAGCUUACAAAACCGAGUACUGGCUAGCUGGUUAUAUGAAGGUAAAAUAGCUAGAGUGCUUAUAGUAGGUAUUGUCUUCCACUGUAAGUGAACGUUAGCUAACUUAACGAGCGGUAGAUAGCAAGCUGGAAAUAACGUUGUUUUGAAAUCAGGUAAUCAGCUAAUGUAAAUAUAAUUGGCGACGAUGACAUUGCUGCGGGCAAGGCUGUCUUGCCUCGGUUCAUUAUGCUGCGGACGCAGGGACAUCAGCUUUUUCACCAACACGUCUCCUUCUAACUGGAGUAAAGUGGUUUCCGACGCGGAGAAAAUCGUAGGGUAUCCGACCUCCUUUAUGAGCUUGCGCUGCUUGCUCAGCGAUGAACUCAGCAACGUCGCGAUGCAUGUGAGAAAACUGGUGGGGACCAAACACCCUUUACUUAACACUGCCAGGGGCUUUGUGUAUGACAGCAAGAAUAACCUGCAGAUGAGGGGUCUGGUGGUGCUGCUGAUAUCCAAGGCAGCGGGGCCGAGCGCAGCCUCCCCCGACCUGCUGCAACAGGACAUGGUCAGCGGGAUCUACCCCAGCCAGCGCAACCUUGCCGAGAUCACGGAGCUCAUCCACACUGCCUUUCUGGUGCAUCGUGGGAUUGUCAACCUCAAGGAGUGGACCAACUCCGAUGGCCCGCUCAAAGACAUGCAAUUCGGAAACAAGAUGGCCGUCCUGAGCGGGGACUUCUUACUGGCCAACGCCUGCACGGGGUUGGCCCAGCUCAACAACACGAAGGUUGUGGAGCUCAUCUCUAGUGCCAUCGGUGACCUGGUGCAGGGCAUAUACUACGAGAACUCCUCAGCCGUGGAGGAGAGCUGUCCAUCUGAUGACAUCACAGUGGCCUCGUGGGAGGAGCAGAUGUUCCUUUCCCAUGGUGCUUUGCUGGCGAAGAGCUGCCAGGCAGCCAUGGAGCUAGCUAAGCAUGACAAGCAGGCUCAGGUGCUGGCCUACCAGUAUGGCAAGCACAUGUCACUGGGCCACAAGAUGAACUCCGACCUGCAGCCCUUUCUGAAAGCGACUGCUGGCGAGCCUGUGUCCUUCAGCCUGAACUCCGCCCCGGUGGUUUUCCACCGUCAGAUCGUGGGGCCAGAGGGCUGGCUUCUCCAGCUGCAGCAGGCCACAACCAUCGGAAGACAGCUGGACUACUCCAAGCUUUGGGGAGCGAUCAAGGCUGAGAAAGGUGUGAGCUCGGCGAUCGACCUGUGCUGUUACCAUGGAGACAAAGCGCUGGAGGCCAUCAGGUGUUUCCCUCCCUCCGAGGCCCGAUCCGCCCUGGAGAACAUCGCCUGUGCCGUCGCGAAGUUCUGAUCCUCCGAGCCGGGGCCCGCUCCAGAGGCCAGCGCUGCUGCUUGCACUGUGGUGUUCGGCCCAGUUUGCUGAAGUCCAAAACGUCACUCGUUGGCAUCACAAAGCUGUGACCACAUUUUGUGUCUGACAAGCUGGAUGCAGAGAUGCGCUGUCUGAUGGACCCAAAGCUCUGGCUCAGUCAGGUUUGUCACAGAGCUGUGAUGGACCCAGCUUUUUUUAACCCACUGAUUCCAGGGCGGUCUGAUUUGGGAAAAAAAGACAUUUUUACUUCCGACAUCAGAGAUGUCAGAUUCAUUAGAUUGCCUGCAAUGUCACCAAAGUCCUAUUGGUGAAAGAAGCCAAUAGGGAAUGUAU